UCUCCACUGGGCGCUCCGACUAAACACAAUACGGAAAACCACAUAGAAAGCAGAUGUGUUUCAAAUUUAUUUGCGAAAAAAACUAUAAACAAUCAAAAUGAUACUUUUCUUGCUACUCCUAAGUCUGAUCUCGACAUCAUGCGCAAAAAAGGAACCCAGGGUUGUGGAUAUGUUUGCUGGCAUAAAACCUUCCGUCAGGAACGAUAGCUUGCCUGCGAGAAAUGUCCAAACCAGCUUUUUGAUGAUGCCUGUUGAUCAUUUCGAUCCUCAUAAUUCAGCUACUUUUCGUCAGAAAUUCAUGUACAAUGAAGAAUUUUUUGGUGGCGACGGUUCUCCUAUAUUUAUCAUGAUCGGUGGCGAUUGGCCCAUUUAUCAUAACUGGUUGACCAACGGCAACAUGUAUGAAAUGGCACGAGAGAACAAAGGAUAUCAAGUAUAUAUCGAACAUCGGUAUUAUGGAGAAUCUCAAGUUUUCCCAACGUCGACCACAGAAAAUCUUCGUUUCCUGAACGCUAAUCAAGCACUUGCUGACCUCGCGUAUUUCAUCACAGAGAUGAAGAGGCAGCCACGAUUUGUAAGGAGUAAAGUGAUACUGUACGGAGGAGCGUAUGCUGGUAAACUAGCGAUGUGGUUCAAGCAGCGUUAUCCUCAUUUGGCGGUCGGCUCCGUCGCGUCCAGUGCAGCUAUCUUAGCUAAAGUUGAGAUCAGUGAGCUACUGGAAGUGGUCCAUGAAGCUUUCUUGCUAGAGGGAGGGGAGCAGUGCAUAGCACACAUUAGACAAGGAAUACACGAGACAGUCACGGCACUGCAAACCGAAACUGGAAAACGCACGAUUGAGGAAGUGUUUAGUUUAUGUGACCGAAUAGAAAAUAACUUGGAUUUGGGCCAGUUUUCGGGACUUAUUGCGUGGACUUUCAUGCGUCUAGUGAUGAAUUCUAGACCAGGACAACUGAAAGACAUUUGUAAUAAUUUCGACAAUAAUGUUUAUGGAGCAACUCCAAUGCAGCAAAUUGCUGGACUGAUAUCAGCAGGAACAAAUACGGAGAACACGUGUUGGGAUACUACGUUCGAAACUUCUAUUAAUGUUCUAUGCAGCAAGGAUAUGAAUAUGGGUUCAACUCGUUCACUUUACUACCAAAAUUGCGCUGAAUAUGGUUAUUUUCAAACUGCACCCAAAUCCGGCACUGUGUUUGAUGACCUGACGUGGCUCAACCCAGACUUCUACAACGAGAUUUGCCUAAGAUGUUUUGAUAAAAAAUUUGAUCGAGAUUUUGUUAAUACUGCUGUUGAUCGAGUAAACUUAGCAUUCGGUGGUCUUAAACCCGAAGUGAAGAAUGUCAUCAACAUCCACGGAUACUACGAUCCUUGGAGGGUGCUCGGAGUAUAUAAAGAAGAUAUUUCAGAAACCUCUCCUACUUUUACUGUAGACAGGGCAUCUCAUUGCUUCGACUUGAUCGAAUGGCCACCUAGCGACGACAACGCUGAGAUGAUAGCUGUUCAGCAAGAAGCAAGGAGAAUAGUGGCGUCCUGGCUAUCCAGUUAAAACGUCGUAUCAUUUUAGAGAUGCUUACAAUACGUUUCCUACCAUCACAAAUUAAACCAUUAUGUACCACAAAGGUACAUUUAAACUCGAUAGGUUUAUGGAAACUGUGCGAAA